GCGCUCCGCCUUCCCCAUCGUCGUGGUCGCUCCGGGGAUGCUUGUUCGUCCAAAGCGUUCCCGGAGGUGGAUUCUUAUUUGCACCGAGUGUGAGCAGAAGAAGGGGCCGUCGUGUGUGAGAGCGGGUCGAGGGAUCCAUUCCUGCACAAUCGGCGAUCCCAUUAAGUAUUAGCUGCAAGCAUCUAUGCUAUUCAGAGCGAUGUGAUCUACCCAAUUUCACAACUUUUCCAGUUCAUCCACAAGUGUUGGCUACUCUGCACUGCACUUGAUGCUAUAAAUUCGCUAAUUUCGAGACCUGUAUCUUUUGCCUAGAAUGAUAUGGUCGAGAAUCAAUGCCAUCAAGCCACAAGCCUGUGGAGUAGAAUUUUUGUUGAUUUUCUUUAUCUUCUCCACAUUAGACUCGAUCAGGAGCAUGUGGGACCUACAUUCUAGAUGGAGAUGUUGUGGCUCUGGCUGAAUAUGAUGCAACAGCUUCAUGGUGUUCAUUCCGGAAGAAGUAUAACUCGGAUCCAAAAAUGUCAGUGUGCUGUUCGGAAACGAGAGGCCGAUUCCAGGAUACAAGUAGCGAAUCUUGCCAGCGAGUUGCAAAUGUGAAAUCAGCAUUGGUAUCUCAGUGGAAACUUUAAUGCUUAUAUCUAGAUUUUCGAUCUUGACUGAUCUUGAUUAGCGGCUGAGGGUGAUAUUUCCAUACUCGAUAUGACACCAGUGUACCACCACUUGGCUGAUAUGUUGAGAAUGAAGAAUCGAGCCUGCCAUAUGGGUCGCGUUCUCAGUUGAGGCAUAUGGUAACGAGUGUGGUUCACUCUCAGCUGGUGGAUACAUUCAUCGUCACCAUUCGGGGGCCAUCGUCAUAGCUGUGGGAAGCACUGCUUCUCACACCAGCACUGAAGAUUCGGCUUUAGGAUCUCCUUUCAAGGUUUCUUCAGCCAAAGCAAACCAUCAAAGCAUUCCAAAGCAAUGCUACACCACUUUUGAAACACUACGAAUGAGACAGUUUCAUGCUUCAUCUAUCCUUUCCAGCUGAAGAAGAUACUGUUUGACUGUAGUAAGCAGUGUGUUCUUUUCCCAAAGUUAGCCUGUAGAUUCAGAGUGUGCGUUCCGUCUGAAGACUGAACUGAGCUACCAUGGCCACAGAUGAAUUCUGAAAAGUUAGGUAUGGACUCCUUAUCACCUAGUGAAGUAUACGUUAAUUUUCUCAAGAGCAAACUACUUCUGAUGCAUUCUAUGAUUUCGAGAACCCAAGCUCCUCGUCAGUGGAUGUGUGGAUGCUUGAUCUAGCUCUCGAUCGACCCAGGGCUGACGAGUGAGGGUUGGAAAGUCCAGACUGGACGUAUAUGACAAGGGUUCAAUCUGUCAUCAACGUCUUGUACAAUCGCCCAGUUGCCCAGUUGCCCACCCACGUCCAAGAAUGUUCGACAGCAUCGUAGCGCAACAAUGGACGAGACAUAUCUCUCAACGGAACGAGACGUGUCUGAUCUGCAUCGGUCUGAACUGGAUCUGAACUCAUAUUAAUGACGAGACAUAUCUCUCAACGGACGAGACAUGUCUGAUCUGCAUCGGUGGAACUCGAUCUGAACGCAUAAUAAUGUCUGGGAAAAUCUAUUUGUCUAUUUGAUUACUUCGUCCCCCGCUCCCACGCACGACUUGAGGCGUACAUUUGUUGUACGACUUGUAGAGUCUUCGUACAAGGGAGCGAGUACAUCAACCACCGAGGGCAUGGGCACCGCCUUCUUCUCUCGGAAGUACGAGUCACCGUCGAAAUGCCAUGGACGCACAUUUUCAGGCAUGUAUUCCACAGUCUCGUAGAAGCAAAGCUCAUUACCUGAUGAUCCAUUUUGAUUAUCUAGUCCAAGCAGCAGGACUUCGCCUUUGUGCUCCAUACAUCUCCAAAUGAUAUCCUCGCUAGCGGGUUGCCUCAACUGAAUCCAAGCGUCGAGCUUCACGUUGUAAAUACACAGAAUGUUCACCUGAUCAGAUCCAAGAUUACUCAUUAUCCAGAAAGACUUCCCCUCCUUCGUCACGCAUUGAGUCUUGUAGGUGGAUGGAUUGGUAUUCCCAUUUCUUUCUAGGCGUGGACCGAAAGCGUUGGUGAAGGGCAAUUUUCUACUGAUCCGCCAUGAGCGAAAUUGAGAGUGGUAGAUGUAAGUUUCCCCUCGUCAUUCGAGCAACGAGGAUAGAGAAAUAAGAAAGUGUAGGACCCUGUUUUGAGAUGAACAUCAAUUCCACAUCACAUAUGUCCAACCUCAGGAAUGUAGAGGGAACGUGUGCCACUGGCUAACGAACUCGGCAAUCUGUGGAACUGUCGUGUCCAAGGGUUGUAGACGAUGAAUGUUGGGAUUUCCAUUUGCCAGUAGUCGUUCAGUGGGCGAUUGGCAAGACGACCAGCAGGCCCCACCUGAUGCGGCCAGCUCAUAUCAUCAUCUUCUCCAAAUUCGAGACGGCAACCAGCAACGAGUGCCGGUGUCGUAGAGACUGAGAGCUCCAUGCCCUAUGUACAGUGGAACCAGCUCCCCAGGUUUGAGCAAAACCGAGAUUGGGGAUCCCCAUGACACGAACAGAUCGUUCCACUCUCUGCACACGCAACGGAACCUCCUCAGGCUCUUGGAGCGGGAGAUUGUGCAGCACAUGCAACAGAACGUCGGCCGGUAACGACUUCCGCAAGGAAUCUGAUGUCAGUUCUGCUGGCUUGGACGAAAGCGCCUUCUCAUCGCUGUCCGAUUCCAUAGUUGCCUCCAUCCCUCCUUCCUCGACAACCAGUUCUAGUCCGUUACCAUCCAAAGAUCAAAUCUGCGAAAUCCUCCGAGGAUCUUGCUCGUAGGACUUAAAAAGCUUUUCAGCUGAAGCGUGUGAGACAGCGUUUUCCGCGAUCACAUUACAUGGCCCUCAGGAUUGAAGGUAUAUGAAUGGUGUUGCAGAAUGCACCACCCAAAUGGGCUCGGGGACUGACAACUUUCUUCAUUCCGCUCACUGGGUUGUCUCACUGUCUCACGCUCCGUUGCCGCUGAACGAGAAACCAGAUUCUGAGAUUCGUUCAGAAUUUCGCUGCCAUGGAAUGGACCCGAAGCUCAUGUGGAUGCCACGGUAGAGACAUAAGUUUCCCGAGCUGGUGAGCUAGCGGUCGAAUCGAACAGCUCACCAGUUCAAAUCCGAGUACCAGAGCCCAAAGAUCUGCUCGGCAUCCCUGAGCAAUUGUGCGCUGGAGAUCGGUUUGUAACGAGCGUCCAAUUUUCUACAGUUUGUGCGCACAGACGCCAGCAUUCACUCCGGUGCCGACUCUUCAGAGUGGGCUGGACCUCGUGUGGCAGCUCUGGCUGCAAGGAGCCUGCCUGAUUAGAUGCCUUGCAUCAAAAUCAUGAACAAGAGUAUGAAGUAAAAGGUUCAUAUUGGGAUUGCCAGAUUUUUCAAGACGGAAUGACUGGAUCUACUGUUAUUCCCACCCACGUCGCAGUCCGCCUCAUCCCGCAACGUAGUCCUCGCUUCGAAAGCAAAAUCGGAGACUCUGUGGACCUUAAGGGAGCGUGCUGACGAGUGUGUGUGUUGUGCUACGAGUUUUGACGCACGACUGAAUUUCGUAUCUGAAUAUUGAAAUCGAGAAGAAUUCGGAAGCUAACGACCGACCUUUCAGCGAAUUCUCGAAUUUUCGUAUUGUGUCCUGCUAAUCAUGUGCUUAUUCUGGCCCAAUCCACAGCCCCUCACAAGCUCCAUGCAUCAGGACGGAAGUGCGCCUGACCCCAUCGUGCAAGUUCGCCAUAAUGGAAACUGCGGUUCAGUGGCCGUCGUAGUAUCUGAGGACUAUCUUCAGGACUGGGCUAUCCAUGUACUCGACUCCUUUGAUCGGUGACAGGCUCAAGGUGACUCGCCUGCUGAAAGAGGCGGAGAGCUACCUUCUGGAUGAACCUCGAGAUGGCGAGAGCUUCAGUGCGCCAUUCUUCUUCGAUCUUACAUCCGACACAGAGAUCUCGGGCGUAAAAUCAUCACCAGCGUGCGAGAUUUUCUGAGGCUAGCUGUGAUCGAGACCGCCAAGACGCACGAAGGAUUCAUAGCCCUCCAUCUGGCCUCCAUGGACGUGGGUGUUCCCCGAUCCAUUCCCCGAGGGUCUCACACCGCAGCACAACAAAGUGGUGAAACUGCUCCUCGAGAUCAGUAAUUGCAACAGUGAGCUCUUGACUGCCAAGACUGCCAGGGGGGAGUGGCCAGCGCCACAAAUCACGACCCUAAUCGCUUGCUGCUCUUGUCUAUUAUAGAAUUAGACUUACGACCCUAAUCGCUCUCAUUGUCUGUACUACCUGAAGUGACCAAGGUUACGAGCUGCAAUGUCCGUUUCGACAGCAAAAUGGCACAGCAAUACUCCAUGAAGAAAUUCAAUAUUUUCAAGGAUAGGAGUCAUCGCUGGCUAAGGAAUCUGAGUCUCAGGAGCAUGAGGUUUUUGUCGAAAUGGCCAACAUCUCCGACCUCGAUAAGCGCGAGCAGCAGAAGAAUGAGGUACAUGCCCUCAUGGCCUUCAGGAACUCAGGAGUUCUGGAAGUAGACUGGAACUCAUGGCUUCAGUGGCCAGCUUCGUUGUCGCCUUCAUAGCUACAAAAUCCAGGAUAUGGACAGCUUGUAAUUGUCCUUCAAAGUGGAUGAGCACAGGCGCUUCAAUGGAUACCAAGGACGUGAAACCCUCUAAUCCUUACCAUAUGAGGUGUAAAACAACUACUACCAAAGGCUAAAACUCUAUGCGAGAUUCCUUCAAAAUUCGCUCUGUCAGAAUUCGAAAUUUACGUCAUUUUGCCUCUAUAUGUAGCUCAAAGCUGAGUGGGCUCCAAUUUAUGGUUGUAGAUAAGCAUUAUAUCACCUUCAAACAAUGUGAAGCCUCACCUCUCAUAUACAUCGACAAAAGAUCCAAGAUUUGUGCAGCUCUGUAAAGGACUCCAAAUAUUCAACAUUCCUUCGUCGCC